ACCAAGCCGAUGCGCUGCGCGCCUGCGGGAGUGCGGGGGGCCGUUGUUUGCCCUGUAGGCGCUCCGCUCCUCGACGAGCCUGCUCCGUGCCCGUGGAAGAGCUCGCCCAAACCGGCCACCACCCUUUUGCUACCAACUCUAUUUUUUUAACUAAUCGUCGUCGGCCGGUCAGUGGUUUCCAGGCAAGCACUUCACUUUGCCCUGCUCGCGGCUGCUCUAUGCUUUCCACGGACACCAUCAUUUGAUCGCUCCCAUGUCCGCCACUCUGCCAACUUUCUCGAAAAUCUACCGCCACUUUCCGCGCUAUAUAUUUGCUUUGUCAUUCACUUUGUUCGUUGGAUCGUCGGACGAGUUGGAAGCUCGAUCGAUGAUGAUGGCCGGGCUGCAGAGGUCGGCGCAGACCUUCAGGAGGUCGGGCUCGUCGGGGCUGGUCUGGGACGAGCGCUUCCUCACCCAGGAGGACGACGCCGGGCGCCGCCGCCAGCCGCAGCAGCCGGAGCUGCGGCACUCGAGGAGCGUCGGCAGCGUCGCCAUGCUGCCGCGGCGCGGCGGCGGCGGCGGCAAGGUGGUGGAUGUGGAUCGCGACGACAAGAAGAGGAAGCUGCCGGUGCUGGCCAGGCCGAAUCACAGCAAGGCCAAGGACAGCCACCACCGGAAGCAGCAGGAGCUGGUGGUGGUGCCUGGCACAGGCAGCAGGAAGCCGUUCCGGACGGCGAGGGACGUGGCCCCGAACAACGCCGAGCCGCCGUCGCCGAGGGUGCCCGUCGGCUGCUGCGCGCCCUGCGCCAUCUUCAGGGACGCCGGCGCCGGCGCCGGUGGUGGCUCGUCGUCGUCGUUGCCGCGGCGGGCCAAGAAGCGGUAGGAAGAUCACCAUGUUUUUUUUUCUUCAUUCACGAUCGUCGAAUCCUCUGGACACGAGAAGUGUAACGGAGCGAGCGGUUAUUACGUGCGAUUUCAGGCCCAUAAAUCUCUCUCUGAUUCUGAAUAAAUUUUUACGUUGUGAUGAAUAAUCUGUUCAACCAGGCCCCGAUCGAGGGACUUACCGAACGUUGCUUUUCAUGCCUGGCAUACUUUUGAACCACAGGUGUUUGGUUGUACUAUAGUAUUUUGUUUUGACAAUUAAUAUUUAAUUAUGAACUAA